AUGUUUACUCGAGCAAUCAGAACACAGGUACUCAGACCAAUCACAAGAUCUUUUCAUUCUUCAAUUCCAUUGAGAGUUCAAGCCCAUGAAGCUGGGUUUGUCUUUGAUAUGGAUGGUGUUCUUGUUAAAGGUAAAAAAGCUAUUCCAGGGGCACGUGAAGCAUUACAAUUAUUACAAGAUAGAAACAUAGCAUGGAUAUUAAUGACAAAUGGUGGUGGAGUUAGUGAAAAGCAAAGAGCUGAAUUUUUAAGUGAAGAAUUAGAUUUAGAUAUUGAUAUAUCACAAAUUGUUCAAAGUCAUACUCCAUUAGUCACAUUAGCAAAUAAAGAGAAUCAACGAGUCCUUGUUGUUGGUGGUGAUGGUGAUAAAAGUCGUAAAGUUGCUGAAGAAUAUGGAUUUGGUGAAGUUGUUAUCCCUGCAGAUUAUGUUAAAACUAUACCAUCAAUUUGGCCUUUUAAUGAUAAAGAACUGCUAUCAAGUGGUAAAAUCAUACCAGGUAUUGAUGAGAAAAAAAUUGAUACUAUAAUGAUUUUCAAUGAUCCAAGAGAUUUAGGUACAGAUUUACAAGUUAUAUUUGAUAUUUUAGAACAAGAUCCUUCAACACCAGUAAUUUUUUCAAAUAAUGAUUGGGUUUGGGCAAAUGAAUAUUCUAAACCAAGAUUUGGUCAAGGUUUACCAAGAUUUAUAAUUGAACAAGUUUAUCAAGAAAUUUAUGCUAAAGAAUUAAAUAGAACCAUAUUGGGUAAACCAACAAAAGUUGCAUAUGAUUAUGCUCAUCAUAUAUUAAUCAAUAGAUCAAUUGAAUUAAAUAAAAUUACACAUUUGAAACCAUCAAAUUUAGCAUUGGGACAAGAAAUUACUGAAUCACAUGUUAAACAAGUAUUUAUGGUUGGUGAUAAUCCAGCUUCAGAUAUCAUUGGAGGGUUUAACUAUGGUUGGAACACUGCAUUAGUCAAGACUGGUGUUUAUAAAGAUGGUGAUAAGUUACCAGUGACACCAACAAUCAUAGCUAAGGAUGUUUAUGAAGCUGUUCAUGGAGGAAUCAAGCAUUUAGGAUUACUUUGA